CGCAGGGCUCCCGGCUCUGGGGCUCCGCGGGUCCCCGCGGGGCUGGGGUCGGGCUGGCGGGAGUCGGGGGGCCGCACCUCCUUCCGCCCCACGGAGUCCGCGACAGAGUCCCGAGCCGUGUCCCCAUUUCGGGGCGUCCUCCGGCCCGGUGUCCCCUGGGUGUGCGGCCUUGGCGCCUGGGAACUGAUUUGCUGAGUCACUCGCUGCACUUUCUCCGGGACAGCUGUUGCAUUCAAGAGGCUUCUCGGGCCCCGCUGUCCAGGGGCCGGUGCGCGUACCGGGAGGGUUCUGGAGGACACGUGCCGCCGACAGGAUUUCAACCCCAGCGAAUACGAUCUGAAGUUUCAGAGGAAUGUGCUUGACCUCUCUCUCCAGUGGAGAUUUGCCAAUCUGCCCAAUAAUGCCAAGCUGGAGAUGGUGCCCAUCUCCCGGAGCCGCGAGGGGCCUGAGAACAUGGUUCGCAUCGCUCUGCAGCUGGAUGAUGGCUCUAGGUUGCAAGACACUUUCUGUUCAGGCCAGACGCUCUGGGAGCUUCUCAGCCAUUUUGCACAGACCAGGGAGUGUCUGGAGCAGCCGUGUGAGGCGAGCCCGGUCUGUGUGUACAUGAGGGAUGAGGUGACGGGCAGAGCCUCCUUGCAGGCCACGACGCUCCGGUCCCUAGGCCUCACGGGAGGCAGCGCCAUCAUCAGGUUUGCCAUGAAGCGAUGCAGCUCUGCUGGGGUCGCCCGGAGCAGAGCCCCAGGAAGCCCGACUCCUUCCCUGUCCGCCGACCAGGCCGCCGGCAGCCCUCUGCUUCCUCUGGAUUCAGCGGGGCUCAGCCAGGGGGACGUGAGCCAUCAGGAUGAAGCAGGCAUCUCGGGGGCCGGCUGUGUGGAUGCUCAAGCCAAGCAGAUCUCCAGGGAGCCUGCCCCCGCUCCCUUUGUCCCUUUCUCAGGUGGGGGGCAGCGACUGGGGGGCCCCUCCGGGUCAGCCAGGUCUCUGAUGUUGCCCUCAGCCAAAUUGCCUAAGUCCUUCUCCAGCCCUGGAGGCCCCUCCAAGCCGAAGAAGUCGAGGCCUGGCCAGGAGCCCCGGCCAGAGCCGCCGGUGGAUCGGGACCCUGUGGUGUGCCACCCCGACCUGGAGGAGCUGCUCCAGGCCUGGCCUGCGGAGCUGCCGGACGAGUUCUUCGAAGUGACCGUGGAUGACGUGAGGAGACGCUUGGCCCAGCUCAAGAGUGAGCGGAAGCGACUGGAAGAAGCGCCCUUAGUGACCAGGGCUUUCAGGGAGGCUCAGAUGAGGGAGAAGCUGGAGCGCUACCCUAAGGUGGUCCUGAGGGUCCUGUUCCCUGACCGCUACAUCCUGCAGGGCUUCUUCCGCCCUAACGAGACAGUGGGGGAUCUGCAGGACUUUGUGAGGAGCCACCUGGGGAACCCUGAGCUGCCCUUCCACCUGUUCAUCACUCCUCCAAAAAGUGUCCUGGAUGACCCCACGCUGACCCUCUUUCAGGCAAAUCUCUUUCCUGCGGCCCUUGUGCACUUUGGAGCCGAGGAACUGACAGGCCUCUUCCUGGAGCCUCGGCUGCUGGAACACACGGUCUCCCCGUCUGCGGCGGAUGUGCUGGUGGCCAGGUGCAUGUCCAGGCCUGCUGGAACCCCACCCCCGAUGUCAGCCCCUGACCCUGCACCCCUUGAAUUGGAGCCAAUGGCCGAGGCAGGGGCAGUGGGGCUCCCUGAACCCAGCCCCGGGACGGCCCAGCCGGUCAGGAGGGAUCUGGGCAAGGUGCCCAAGUGGCUGAAGCUGCCAGCCGGCAAGAGGUGAGCGCCACCAGCCCGGAUGUGCCCUGUGUGCCGGCCGCAGGACCCCUCCCCACCCUGAACGGGAAUAAAGGUGUGAGCUUCUCUCAA